UCGACACACUGAAAGAGCAACUUCAAUCAAUAAAACUAGAAUCAAUUCAUAAGACUAGACAAGAGCUCAUAUUAGGAAUAGAUAUGGAAGAAGGCAGGCAGCAUGAAGGAAAAAUACAACAAACUAACUUA